AUGGGACAAGAAUCGUGUGAAAUGCAUUCUGAGGAUGACAAAGCCCUCCUGGAGAAGAACAAGAAAAGGAUCGUCAAGACACGUGCUCAAGUUGAAGCACUUGAAAAGUUCUAUAAUGAACACAAAUACCCCACGGAAGCAAUGAAACAACAGGUUGCGGAGUCUAUAGGCUUGACCGAGAAGCAAGUUUCCGGUUGGUUUUGCCACAGAAGGUUGAAAGACAAAAAAGUAAUAAAUGAGGAGAAACACGCGACAGGUGUUAGGCAAGACAGGUCGAGUGGGGUCAUACAAGAUCGAGGUAGUGGGCUUAGGCAAGAUUCGUGUGGCAGCACAAAACAAGGAGAUGACCUGAAUCUGGACAUGAGAGAAGUCGAGAGUGAAAGGUUGACAGCAAAAGAAUUCUCUAAUGCUGACCUGACGUACGAGCACGGCAGCCAUCAUGCUGGGAAUUAUAACCGUGUGGACAGAUUGUCUUCCGGAAGUAGCUCCUCAAUGUCAAACCACCAAGACAGGGUGCCUCUUGAUGCGGUGACCUCGAGAUACCAGGUACCAAAAUUCCACACGGGUGCAGAACAUGAGAAAGCCCGGCCUGGCCCGGCGGGCUAUUUGAAAGUCAAAGGCCGGGCCGAGAAUGGCGCAAUAACUGCAGUCAAGAGGCAGCUCGGGAAGCAUUAUAGGGAGGAUGGACCGCCACUUGGGGUCGAGUUCGACCCACUUCCUCCCGGUGCGUUUGAAUCGGCAGCAGGGGAACCUGAUGAAGAAAAUUACUAUGAUGGAGAAGAUGUUCUCCCUGCCUCAACUGAUGUUUCGGAAAUGCAACAGAAUCCAAAUAUCAGCAAGGGACGUGAAUUCAAGCACAGCAUGGCUUUUGAAAACCCCAACGCUCGCAAGAGGAGCUUUAAGAUGAGGCGUGCCUAUGAUAGUCAUGAUACUCACACACACCACAAGUUCAGACAACCUCCAUCUAUGUCCACCAAUGGCAUUUAUUAUCCACCGAGCACCUCUGUGGUAGAAGCACGAGGUAGUGAGAGUAGGAAUGAGUAUGGGGUGAGAGUCGUGUCUCGUGUAGAGGUUGUGAGAUCGGAUUCUUUUACGGGAAACUCUAAUUUGCAGCCUUGUGGUGGGAAAGUGAGGAAGGAACGAAUGGAGUCUCAGUUUUGCAAGUAUAGUGAUGUAGGCCCAAAGGUUUCCAUUAGAGAAAACACGGAAAACGAGUUUUGCAAUGUGACUGAGAAAGGAAAUGAGUAUUACGGUUCUUCAGGAGAAAGGGGGAUGUCCAGACAGAUUGUAAAGGAUGGUAAAAUGAUGUACUCUAAUAGGAGGAUGAUAGAUGAAAACCCAGUCGCGAAUCCCUUCAAGAAUGAUCUUGCUGCUCCAAAACGGAAGAGGGAAGAAUUCCCUCAGCAGCAAUACCAGAAAAGAUCAUCAUUCGUGGAUAACCAACCACAUAAGUAUCUAGUUGUAAGGUCCAGAACAGAGAUGCCGACUAGUUUUAGCGAUGGCGAGGAAAGUGUUGAAACAAGUUCUUCAGUGGAUUAA